AUGGCAGAUGGACGUAGAUCUGUUUCGAAGACGACACAGGGAGAGGAACAGAAGGAAGAGAAAUCUGACCUUGAAAAAUUUAUGGAAUUAAGACUAACAAAAAUGGAAGAAAAUAAUAAUAAAAUAGAAACAAAAUUAAUUCACUUGGAUGAAAACAACAAGAAAAUGAGAAUAAAACUAGACGAGACUAGUCAAAAAGCAGAAGGAAAUAGUAAAUCAUUAGAACAAAAAUUAGAAGAAAAUAGUCAGAAAGCAGAAGAGAAUAAUAAAUCAGUAGAGCAUAAAUUAGAAGAAAAUAGUAAAAAAUCAGAAAGAAAUAAUAAAUUAUUAGAACAAAGAUUAGGGGAGAAAUUAGAAGAAACAUUAGAGAAGAUGGAAUAUAAACUUGAAGAGACAUCUAAGAGACUAGAAGAACAAAUUGAACAAAGGGUAAGCAAGAGUAUUGGAGAAGUAAAAAUGUUAUAUGAAGAAAUGAUGAAUAAACAUGAAACAUUAGAAACAAAAUUAACUUCUGAAAAUCAAGAAAUAAUAAUUCAAAUACAACAGCAUAAAGAAAGAAUUAAUAUGGUAGAGGAAGAUAUGGAAAAGGAAGCAGAAUGGACGAACAAGAGAUUUAUGAUGGUAGAUGAGAAUAUAAGUGAAAUAAAGAAAGAACAAAAAACAUCUAAAGAAAAGGAGGAUCAAUUGGAAAAUAAAUGGAAGAUUGAAAUAAAAGAAGUAAAACAAGAAAUAGAGAAGAUGGAGAGGAAGAUAAGAAAUACAACUAAAGGAACUAUAAUACAUACAAUUGAAACCUCAGAUAACAGGAUAUAUUUAAAUGGAGAUUAUAAAUCACCACAUCCUGUACCAUUCAUAAGGAUCCUCAUGACCAAAUCUUUACAAUAUAAUAAUUUUGAUGAAUUUAGGGAAGUUAUAAGAAACCAAUUAAGAGGAGAAGCAUUAAUUUGGUAUACAAAUGUAGAAAAUGAAUUAGAAAACUUUGAACAGUUCAAAACAAAAUUUUUAGAAUUUUUCUGGGACUAUCGCGACAACAGGUAGUAAGAUCUGAAUUGUUCGGAGGAAAAUACAACUCUAACUCGCGAACAAGUAUGCAUUUAUAUGCUAUGCGACUAUAUAG